AUGUCAGGAAAACGCGGCACGACCAGCCGCUCCUCGCGCCGACUCAUCGAUCCAGUAUCGUCUGCGACGAAAACGGCUUUGCGUGGCAAUGACGACGACGAACCUCGUCAAAGAGCCGUCAAGGGAAAGCGCCCGCCUGCGAAAUCAAGUGCGGUCGCGGAACGCAUGACCAAAGAAGGACCUCCUCCGAGUGUGGCGCCAACUGCUACCUCGAGUGGAUCAGGCAAGGAAGGUGCCGUUGUGGAUCGCUCGACCAAGAAAGGGCCUACUGGAGAUGGGAAGAUCGGUGCUCGUGGCGCUGUGAUCGAUGCACUCCGACCUCAUCCGAGCAAGAAAUGUGGUGCACCAAGUGAGGAUUCAAGUGGCGUGGCGGACGACCUUGCACUUGGAGGAGCUCCUCUGAGUGUAAAAACAACUCGCUCGGUGGGCAAGGAAGGCAGUAAUGCGACAUCAAGUGGCGUGGUGGGCGAUGUUGCACUUGGAGGAGCUCCUCUGAGUGUCGCAACGACAGGUGCGGCGGGCAAGGAAGGUGGCGAUGCGGAAUCAAGUGGCGUGGUGGACGAUGGUUCACUUGGAGGAGCUCCUCUGAGUGUUGAAGCAAUUGCAGUGGCGGGCAAGAAAGGUGGCGACCCAAAAUCAAGUGACGUGGUGGGCGAUGGUUCACUUGCACCUCUGAGUGUCGAAACAAGUGGCCCGGCGGGCAAGGAAGGUGGCGAUGCGAAAUCAAGCGGCGUGGUGGGCGAUGUUGAACUUGGAGGAGCUCCUCCGAGUGUUGCAAAGACAGGCGCGGCGGGCAAGGAAGGUGUCGAUGCAAAAUCAAGUGACGUGGUGGACGACAUCGAACAUGAAGAAGCUCCUCUGAGUGUUGAAACAGCGCCGGGCAAGGAAGGUGGCGACCCAAAAUCAAGUGACGUGGUGGGCGAUGGUUCACUUGGAGAAGCACCUCUGAGUGUUGCAACGACAGGCGCGGCGGGCAAGGAAGGUGGCGAUGCGAAAUCAAGUGACGUGGUGAACGACAUUGCACUUGGAGGAGCACCUCUGAGUAUCGAAACAAGUGGCUCGGUGGGCAAGGAAGUGGCGGGCAAGGAAGGUGGCGACCCAAAAUCAAAUGACGUGGUGGGCGAUGGUGCACUUGGAGGAGCACCUCUGAGUGUUGAAACAAGUGGGCCGGCGGGCAAGGAAGGUGGCGACCCAAAAUCAAGCGGCGUGGUGGGCGAGAGCGCACUUGGAGGAGCUCCUCUGAGAGACAAUCCAAGCAACGAUGUGUUGAACAAUACCAUUGUCACCGAAGAAUCAAGCUACCUCUCAAUGCUUCUGGAUGAUGGCAUGUUCUUCGACGAUGAUGAAGAACAAGCGAUGGACUUAGUUGCCUCAUAUUUCGACGACAUUAGCCCACCGUCCGUUCCUCCAAAACCAAGCUCAAGCAAGGGCAUGGAUCGAAAGUCAAAGAAGACGAAGAACACGAGCGGUGAUGACCCAUCCAUGAAGAAGAAACGGAAGUCGGCUCAAGAACAUUUGGACAAGGCGACGACUGGAUGGCCAUACUUCGAACCCAAGUUGUGUCAUGAAGAUGUGUUGAACCAGUUGGACGUCUUCAAGGAAGAGUUGUUAGCUAUCAACCAACGAACCAGUUCGAGACGGCGGAUGCGUGAUGACGAAUCAAAGUCGACGUCAAAAUCGCCAGCGAUCGACGGGGGAACGCGGGGUGGCGAUUCAAAGUCGACGUCAGAAUUGCAAGCAAUCUCGACCGCAAGUCCCAGUUCCGACUCCGACGGGGUUUGGAAGCUCGUUGAGGACUUGGUCAUGCAACGCAUUGCCAUUGAAGAUAUUGGUUGGUUCCCUCCGACCCAAUCGAUGGUUGAAGUCAACAGCUCUUGCUCAGUUCGGCCCAUUCGGCGCCAAGAAGUCGAAAAGCACAAGAAGAAACUGAUGGUCGAUGGGUGGAACCACGACUUUCGUCUUGUUUUGCGCACUCCAGGCCCUGCAGGCAAGAAGUACGGCAUUAUCGAUGGCCAGCACGGCUUUAUGGCCAUUGUGGAUCUGUGGAUGGACCGGACGCUGGGACCUGGCGCCGCGCUGUCGUCAUUGAUGCGACAAGGCCAAUCAAAUCCAUGCUUUCCCUCGAUUGUGGUCGAAAACGCGAGUAAUCUAAACGUCGUUCAGCUGGGAAUGCGCUACAACGAAAUGUACAAGCAUGGAAACAACCGCAAGGCGUUCUACUGGAUGACCAAGUUCGUGCUAUUUCACAACUGGUCAACGUUUGCUGGUUGUCGGCUGUCGAAUUCGUUCGAGUAUGGCGAAAAGGUUCGGAGCGCAGGAUCCGGACGCGCUGCUUUGUGUGGAGGAAAUGAAGCGCAUGAAGCUGGACGUCACGGCGAUGAGAAGGAAGACCUCGAUCGACACGCUUCGAGCUGCUGCGAGGUUGUGGUACUUCCGACUUGUUUGGCGCCAUUAUAG